GUGGAUUUUUCUGGAAUUCUGAUACUUGGAAUCGCCAAACGUUCAAGGACAAUGACGUUGUCGUACUCUAGUGGGACAGCUCUGUUUCUGGCGACAUGGAUAGUAUAUUCGUGGGUUAAGAAUCAAGUGAGUUGGAUGAGAUUGAGGAGGUUUGGGAGGAAGAAUGGCUGUGAAGAGCCGAAGGUGUUGAAAAAUGAAUUGCCUGGUGGAAUAGAAAGAUAUUAUGGGACAUUGAAGUUUAAGAAGGGUAUGGACAUCCUCGAAGACCACAUCCGCGCGCGCUAUCUCAAAAUGGGCGUCGGCACCUACCGAAUCUUCAACCCCUUCGACUCCCUAGUAUCGACUUCAGACCCCGAAAACAUUCAAGCAAUCCUCGCCACCAAGUUUACCGAUUUCGAGCUCGGCCCUAGCAGAAGCCAAAACAUGUUUGAACUACUCGGCCAUGGCAUAUUCACCGCGGACGGCGAAGCAUGGGCGCACUAUCGCCAACAACUCAAGCCUCAAUUCUCUAGAGACCAAGUGAGUGAUUUAGAAGCCGCAGAUCAUCAUCUCCAAAUUCUGUAUCGAGCACUUCCCCAGACAAACUCGGAAGAGGUGGAUCUGCUCCCUCUUCUUCUCCGUUUCACAAUGGACGUUAGUACUGAAUUCCUCUUUGGAAAAUCGGUCAAUAGUCAAACGACCGCUCUGCAAUCUAUUGACUCGGGCAAUAAUGCAGAAUUACAGGCCGAGGAGAAAUUCGUGCAAGCAAUGUCUGAUUCUCAAGACUACAUCAUCUUCCGCAUCAGACUCUCCAAACUCUGGUGGCUGGCGCGUUCUCAAAAGUUUCGAGAUGCGUGCCAGACAUGUAAAGAUUAUUCCGCCAAUUUCGUACAGAAGGCUCUUUCUUCCACUUCUUCUCCUUCCCCCAAAACUCCCUCAUCUCCAUCUCCCAAACCUUUCGAACUCAAACUCGAGAAGAAAGAAAAAUACAUCCUCCUCAACGCGCUCACCACCCAAACCCGUAAUCCCACCGAACUCCGCGAUCAGAUGCUCCAUCUCCUGCUCGCGGGCCGCGACACCACCGCUGCGCUCCUCGCCUGGACACUCCUGCUCCUCUCCCGUAAUCCCACACGAUACACUAAAUACCGUUCCAUAAUCCUCUUGCAUUUCGGCCCCCUAUCCUCCUCCUCUUCUCUAUCUUUCACCAGUCUCAAAACGUGUAAACUACUAACCCAUAUCCUCUACGAAACUCUCCGGCUCUAUCCUCUCGUACCUAUGAAUUCGCGCGUCGCGAUCCGCGACACCGUGUUACCGGUUGGUGGUGGGAGCGAUGGGAGAAAACCGAUCGUGGUCAGGAAAGGUGAGAGGGUUACUUACAGUACGUAUGUGAUGCAUCGGCGGGCGGAUAUAUGGGGGGAAGAUGUGUUGGAGUGGAAACCUGAGAGGUGGGAGGGGCGGAGAUUGGGGUGGGAAUUCGGAGGGUUUAGUGGUGGGGCAAGAGUGUGUAUUGGUCAACAAUACGCACUCAACGAAGCCAGUUUCGUCCUCACGCGAUUCCUUCAAAAAUACGAGAGGAUCGAAGCGGUUGAUAUGAGUGGAGAAGAUGGGAUGUUGGGGAAGAAAUUGAGUUUGACCAUGUCGCCUUAUGAGGCGAGGGUUCGAUUGUUUGCUGCUAGGGAGUAGGGAUUUCUUGGAGUUAGGUUCGGAACUUUGGAUGGAGGAAAGAGAAAUGAGUAUGGGGGAGGAGAGGAAAGGGAGGGAAAUGUUUUGUAGAUGAUGGAUACGGAUGGCUCUGUGGGAAUCGAAAAGGGAAAAACA